AUGUCAGACUCCAAGCAUUCAAGUGACGACGUCGAGUCUUCAAAGCGGCCGACCAUUUUCAUACGUGUCACCGGUCAGCCACCACUACUCCUCUUCAAGUGCUCUUCACCGCUGCUCAGCUCGUACUCCGGCAGUAGUUACGUGUCAUCAGGUCUGCCGCCCUCCUCAUCUUCCUCUUCAGCAUCAACCUACACGCCUAGAUCUCGUUAUGACGCAAGAUCCUACGAUCUGCCCAAGUCUUCAUCGGCCUCAAGAGCGAGAUCAUCCUCCAUAGAUGCUCCUUCCCAUCCCAGAGCGAACUACAGAGAUGUGAAGGCUCCCAUGUCAGACACACGUCGCAAAGUCAGAGAUCUCAUAUGCAAAACUCGUAAGGAUCCCGGCUACUAUGAAUAA